UCUAUCUUAUUUUCAAUCAAUAAUAUCACCUUCACAUUUUUUAAUAGCCUUACUUUCAUUACAAAAAUGUCUAUUCGAACGUCCGGUUACGGUGUGCAUGAAGAUAUACGAUUAUGUGAAGUCUAUAUGGAGAUUUUUCAAGAUUAUAUUAGAGGUGUGCAACAAAGUCCAACUUCAUUUUGGAAUCGAGUUGAGGAAGCGUAUAACAAAGAUAAAAAUGAAAAUUGUGAGGAACGCAACGUUAGAUCGGUGGGUGCUCGUGUUCGUACUAUAGAAAAGGCAAUCCGAAAAUUAAAUGGGUGCAUGAGACAAAUCGAAACAAUGAAUCCUAGUGGAGUAUCGAAUGAAGAUAUUUUAGCCCAAGCAAAAAUAUUACUUAUGCAAGAUCCAAGCUACAGUAACGGUUUCAAAUUCGACCAUGUUUGGAAUAUCAUGAAAGAUUUUGAAAUUUUCUAAUAAUUGAUAGAAUAUGUGUUCUAUUUAUUUAUUAUGUAAUGUCGUAGUAUGUUUCAUUUUUAGGUUAUUAUAUCGUAAAAUUAUCUAUGUAAUGUUUUUAUAUUAUUGUCUCGUAAAAUUAAUUAUGUAAUAUUUUUUUAAUUGUCUUGUAAAAUUAUUCAUGUAAGAUUUUUAUGUUAUUGUUUUAUAAAAUUAUUCAUGUAAUAUUUUUA